AUGGUGCUUCCGAAGAGCAAGAACAGCGUUGGGCUGGGAAACAGUCUCAUGAAUGAUCGUUUUGGCAAAGGAAAAGGCAGUGAUCGAAAGAAGACCAGUGCCACAGCAGGUGUGGUCAGGACGAAUCAUGCUACCGGCGAAAGCUAUGUCACCAACGCCGCAAAAGAGGCUUCCUGGGUGAAGAUGCGCAGUGUCACUGAACAGGGAGCCCUCGAUGAGUUUCUGUCAACGGCCGAGCUUGCGGGCACAGACUUUACCGCAGAGAAGAUGAGCAGCGUGAAGAUUAUACACGCAGACCAGAAGAACCCUUACUUGCUCAGCGCGGAUGAAGAGCAAGGCAUCAGGAGAAAACACGCUCGCAACAGAGGACGAUUGUCGGUGCCCCGGCGGCCAAAAUGGGAUGAAUCUACUACACCUCUUCAGCUGGAUGAGAAAGAGAGAGCAAACCUGCUGGAAUGGAGACGCGGCCUUGCCGAACUCCAAGAAAACGAUGACCUUCUUAUGACGCCUUUCGAACGAAAUAUCGAGGUCUGGCGCCAGCUGUGGCGGGUCAUCGAGCGGUCUGAUCUGGUUGUUCAAAUCGUGGAUGCCAGAAAUGCAUUGCUGUUCCGAAGCGAAGACCUCGAGCGCUACGUGAAAGAAGUUGACCCUGCCAAACGUAACCUAUUGUUAGUGAACAAGGCAGAUAUGAUGACCGCACGACAACGAGAAGCAUGGGCGAGCUACUUUGUGGAGAGGAGUAUCAACUACAAGUUCUUUUCUGCACAUCUCGCAAAGGAGUUGAACGAGGGUAAGGAUGCUCUCGAUGACUUGGUCGAAAGAGAAGCGCGGCAGGUCGAAGAUGAGAAUGAUCCACAGAAAGAGAUGGUCCAAGAUGUGCAGGACCUCAACCUCAAGGACCAGGAACAGGAAGACUGGUCAGACGAAGAAGCAGGUGGAUCAGAAGGCUCAGAUCACGACUCGUCGGAUGAGCGGACCAGGAUCUUGACGGUAGACGAGCUCGAGUCUCUGUUUUUAGAGAACAUCCCGGCCGGCAGUGCUCAGGAUCGGAAAACAACCAUUGGACUCGUCGGCUAUCCUAAUGUCGGCAAAUCAUCAACUAUCAAUGCGCUUAUCGGUGCAAAGAAGGUCAGCGUGUCGGCAACACCGGGUAAGACCAAGCACUUUCAGACCAUUCAUCUCAGCGAUCGGGUCAUCCUGUGUGAUUGUCCUGGUCUCGUUUUCCCUAACUUUGCCACCACCAAGGCUGAAUUGGUGUGUGCGGGUGUGCUGCCAAUUGAUCAACUACGAGAAUUCACCGGGCCAGCCGGUCUGGUCGCACAGCGGAUACCCAAGCCUUUCCUGGAGAAUGUCUAUGGCAUGAAAAUCCAUACAAGACCGAUUGAGGAAGGUGGUACAGGUGUGCCCACAGCUUCUGAAGUGCUUAGAGCAUACGCCAAAGCGCGAGGCUUUGCUACAACGGGGCAUGGCCAACCAGAUGAGUCUCGGGCGGCAAGAUAUGUACUCAAGGACUAUGUCAACGGCAAGCUGCUCUAUUGCCAUCCUCCGCCAAGCGAUCCUGAGAUUGACGGCAACGAGUUCAACAAGGAUCUAUAUGACUUUGCCCAUCUGCCCGCAAAACGACAGGCAUGGCUUAUCUCGCACAGUGAGGAGAUACCAGAAGCUGAGGUUGCGCGUGACGUUCCAGUACCAGGCCCAGCAUCAGAGACCGGCGCAAGGUCGAAACAGCUUGACAAAGGCUUCUUUGGUGCAGGCUCAGGCAACGCUGGACAUCUGACAAUGCCAUUCAACCACCAGUAUACCGAGCAGGGGAAGCAGAAACAGUUGUCAGGCCGCAAAGCGAGGACUAUGGCCGCCCUGGAGAAGGACCUUGACCCAACAGAGGUCAAGACGGGCAGCAAGAAACAUUUCAAGUCUGCUCGGACAAAGACUCGAAACACGAGGCCGGUAGAGCAAGAUGAUGAUUGA